AUUUGGUUUCCUGACAAAAAGCAUGUUUCCCACGCGGCUUACACUGUGUUACUAAACCAUUAGUCUCUACCAGACCUUCCCGUCGAGUUACCAAACGUUGUAGAAAUCGGCCAAAAUAAUGAUACUUGGUGAGUGGACUCAGUUAACCUCAUAUUGCGCAUGGUAACUCUGUCGUCGGAGACUCCUAUAUGGAAAAUCAUUAAACCUAUUUCGCUAAUAAUUUCUACUAUGUUCAAGCAGCCCGUAGAGACUGAUAGAGGCUACUAGACUUCCAAGAUGGCGCAUGUCCUCACGCUACUAGAACAUUUCCCGUUCACCUUUCUGGACGCGUGUACCGUGCUGGUCUUUGUUGUCACCUUCGUCAUAGCUGUGAGGGUUCUUGUGAAGACUAAGAGGCCCGGGACCCUGCCUCCACUGGUCCCGGGAGGCUGGCCCCUGCUGCACCACCUCCCAACUCUGUUCAGGACAGACUCUCGUCUCCAGCUUGACAAGUGGGCCAGAGAGAUCGGUGACGUUUACCAUGUCAGAUUCUUCCGUGGUGAAUUGUGUGUUGUGAGUGGAUACGAGGCUCUGAAGGAAAUGAUGGAAAAGGAGGAGUUUUCUACAAGGAAUGAUGACAACGUCCUGGCAGCUACAGAAGGUGGUCAGGACAUCUUACUGGCUCCUUACGGAGAAGUCUUCAAGGAACGACGGCGGUUUGCCACCAGUGUCUUCAGACGACUCGGCGUGAAGAUGGGCCGAGGGAGCAUUCAAGAUCGGAUUCAAGAGGAGGCAUGUUAUAUUUGUGUCAAGAUCUCCGGAUACGGCGAGCAGCCGUUUGACGUCUCGGCCGACCUGACAACUGCCGCGGGGAACAUCAUCUGCGCCCUGGUCUUCGGGAAACGGUUUGACUACGGGGAUACCAGAUUCCAACAUCUACAGACGACGAUGAAGAACCUUGGAGCUGAGAUGGUCAAAUGGAUCUACCCAUUCGUCACUUACAUUCCCAAAGUUCAAGAUCCAUUCAAGGGACUGCGCUUCCAUGCCAAGAAGCUACAUCAGUUCAUCCGGGAAGAAAUAGAUCGGCACCGUCUGAAUCUGGACCCGGAGAAUCCACGAGACUUCAUAGACUACUGCCUGCUCCAACUGGCCCGGCAGGAUGGGAGCGGCACCUGGCUGAAUGAAGAUAACAUGGUGUACAUUAUUCUGGACCUCUUCAUAGCAGGGACGGACACCACGGCUGCCACACUGACGUGGGCCCUGCUCUACAUGAUCCUCUACCCGGACGUACAGCAGAAGGUCCAGGCUGAGCUUGACAGUGUGCUUGGCGCCACCAAGCCGAGUCUGGCACACAGAGACCAGCUUCCCUUUACCACAGCGACCAUCAUGGAGGCCCAGCGGAUCCGACACGUUGUACCGCUGAUGUUCGGUCGUAAAGCUGCCAAGUUAACUUCUCUCCGUGGUUUCGACAUUGCGGAGGGAACAUUUUUGAUUCCGAACCUGAGGUCCGUCCACAUGGACCCUGCAGCCUGGCCCGACCCGGAAGUGUUCGACCCCAGCAGGUUCCUAGACGGAGACGGCAAGGUGGUGAACAACCCACCGUCAUUCCUACCCUUCUCUACAGGCCGUAGGAACUGUCUAGGUGAGCAGCUGGCGAAGAUGGAACUCUUCCUGCUGUUCUCCACCAUCCUGCAGCACUUCGCACUGAAGCUGCCAGAGGGCGCCCCUACACCUUCCACUGAAGGGACCUUCAAGUCACUGAGCAUGGGGCCUGCACCUUUCCAACUUUGUGCCGUUCCUCGCUGAUAUGUAAUGAUGAAUAUGCAACGAACCCUAUGGUAUCCAUUAUGUGCAGAGGAUAGUGAUGAUGAUCAUAAGGAGACGAUUCAAGCUGUAUUAUUAUGGAGAAUGUAUUUAGGUUCCGAUGUACGAACCGAUACCGAAAUUCCCCAAUGCCAUAUUUAGUCCGCCUCCUUAACAACUGAUAAUGACGGUUUGAAUAGCCGAUUUUAAUCAUGUUCCAAGUAAGACCAAUUGUCUUAAAGUUUUAAAGUGUAUGAUAAGUUGACACAUGUUAUUUUGCCAUAGUGUGAAUAGUCGAUUUUAAUCAUGUUCCAAUUAAGACAAAAGUUGUCUUAAAGUUUUAAAGUGUAUGAUAAGUUAAGACAUGUUAUUGUGCCACGCCUGUACCGUAAACGUAAUUCAGCCUCUGGCUGCGAGGUAUAACGUUUGUCAAUAAACCAUUCAUUCAUUCAUUCAUUCAUUCAUGUAAACAAAACGUAAGUCCUAGAUCGAUUUGAAAAUAAAAUCCAACAUGAGUAAAAUAUAUCAGGUCUGAUUUAAACAUACAUUAAGUGACUGAUCAGUAGUGUCUGCUUAUGGUGCCACCUGGCAUUUGUGAGUUUAGCAAUUCCAUUUAUAAAAAAAUUAACAUAUAUCAAUGUUACAUCAAUAUUAGACAUUUGUACCAUAUAUUAUGGAGGUUUCUGUAACUCCCGUACUUGAAAAGAGAAAGAGGUUUGUGAACAGAGAAAUGAGACACGAAUAAUUAGAAUAAACUAGACUUAUUUCAAAUUGAUCAGUCUAAUGUUGUUUUUUGUUUC